UGGCUGGGGAGUUGGAUGCACCAAACCUGUGUGCGGCUGGAGAGGGAGGCUUCUGCCAGACCCUCUCCCGGGCCUGUCCUGCCACCCAGGCCCCUCCCCUCUCACACUGAGCUCCAUAUCAGGGAACGGCCGAAAAGGACGAUCAGGACAGCCGCAGAAGGGGCGCCCUGCGUGGGACGGGUCCGUUGCGCGCCUGGUAACCGAGGGGGAAGGGAAGGGGCCUCUGGCGCGCGGGGCGGUGUCGCGCAGGUCCCACCCCGCCUGCCCGCGCCGCCCAUUGGUCCCGAGCGCGAUGACUUGGCGGGCGGAGCAGGAAGGAAACCGCUCCCGAGCACGGCGGCGGCGUCGUCUCCCGGCAGUGCAGCUGCCGCUACCGCCGCCCUCUGCCCGCCGGCCCGUCUGUCUACCCCCAGCAUGAGCGGCCUGCGCGUCUACAGCACGUCGGUCACCGGCUCCCGCGAAAUCAAGUCCCAGCAGAGCGAGGUGACCCGAAUCCUGGAUGGGAAGCGCAUCCAAUACCAGCUAGUGGACAUCUCCCAGGACAACGCCCUGAGGGAUGAGAUGCGAGCCUUGGCGGGCAACCCCAAGGCCACCCCACCCCAGAUUGUCAACGGGGACCAGUACUGUGGGGACUAUGAGCUCUUCGUGGAGGCUGUGGAACAAAACACGCUGCAGGAGUUCCUGAAGCUGGCCUGAGUCAAGCCUGUCCAGAGUUCCCCUGCUGGACUCCAUCACCACACUCCCCCCAGCCUUCACCUGGCCAUGAAGGACCUUUUGACCAACUCCCUGUCAUUCCUAACCUAACCUUAGAGUCCCUCCCCCAAUGCAGGCCACUUCUCCUCCCUCCUCUCUAAAUGUAGUCCCCUCUCCUCCAUCUAAAGGCAACAUUCCUUACCCAUUAGUCUCAGAAAUUGUCUUAAGCAACAGCCCCAAAUGCUGGCUGCCCCCAGUCAAGCAUUGGGGCCGCCAUCCUGCCUGGCACUGGCUGAUGGGCACUUCUGUUGGUUCCAUCAGCCAGAGCUCUGCCAAAGGCCCCGCAGUCCCUCUCCCAGGAGGACCCUAGAGGCAAUUAAAUGAUAUCCUGUUCCAUUGGCA